UGGGACAGCAUCAUCAUCAUGUGCCUGCCAAAGCGAGCAUCCGGCGCAACCAUUCAAAGUGUGGCCACAGCCAUAGGAAACCUGUUAUGCUUAAAUUUUGGACUCAUAUUUGGCAUCACGCCCGCUCAUAUGGCGCUCUACGAAUCGGAGAAGUUGACGCCACUCAAUGAGGCGACAGAUCCAACAGGUUCAGCUUUAUUAACUGGUUAUUUAUUUCUAAGUGCUGCUGCUGGCGCCGCUGUCUCUGGCUGGCUGGCAUUACGCAUUGGACCAAAAUCUGUGCUGCUUUGCUGCGGUCUUUUGCAGAUUUUUGGCUGGUUCUGCAUUCACUUUGGCUUCGAUAUCGUUCACAUUUACGCCUCGCGCAUCUUUUGCGGCAUCGCUGCUGGCGGCGCUUUUGUAGUGCUGCCGAUUUUCAUUAAUGAGAUUGCCGAGUCAAGGGACAAGGCUGCCCGCUUGACCUUCACCAUCGAACUGUGGCGUACUUUGGGCAUUCUCUUUGGCAUUCUACUGGGCUACUAUGUGCAGUAUCAGUAUGUGAAUAUUAUCGGUUGCAUUGCCUCGUGCACGUUCUCGCUGUGCUUCCCCUUUGUGCAGGAGAGUCCGCACUAUUAUCUGCGCAAAGGCAAUGUUCCGUGUCUGGAGAAAUCGCUGCGUUGGUAUCGCGGCAUUCGCGACAUCGAUGAUCGCGAGCAGCCCGAAUAUCUGCAGGAAUUGGCCGAGUUCAAGGCGGAACUCAAGCAACGAAGCAGCAGCAAAAACAGCUCAACGGAAUUAUCGCACGGUUACAUUGUGCGUCUGAUCUUUGUCAGUUUUCUGCUCACCGUUUGCGCCAAGCUGAGCGGCGUCUUUGUCGAGCUGAACUAUGCUGCCGAUUUUCUGGGACGCACUGGCUACUCCAUCGAAGUGAACUACGUAGUGUUGGCCUCGGCUCAGUGUGUUGGCGGAUUGCUCGCUCGUCUCUUUGGCCCCCAACUGCCGCGCAAGCUGCUGCUUUGUCUCUCCUCUCUGCUGGCUGCUGCGGCUGUCAUUGCCUUGGCGCUAUUCAAGCAAUUUGGCCAUAAUUGGGCGUUGGGCGAUUGGUGCACACGGUAUUUACCCAUUGUGCUGCUCGGCCUUCAGCUGCUGUUUGUUAGUUUUGGACUCUAUCCGCUUGCCGCAGUCGUCAGCAGCGAAGUUUUGCCCACAAAGCUGCAUGACCUGCUCUACUCGAUAGCCUCGGCCUGCGCCUGGUUGCUGCUCUUUGGCAUGAUUGAGGGAUUUAACGCAGUGAAGACAAGCCUGGGUCCUGGACUAUUGCUCUACCUGUUGGUCUUUGCAGCUGCCUCGAUAUUCGUGGGAUUAAUUUCGUUGCCUCUGUUGCCCGAGACACGCAAUCGUCGUGCUUCUGCCGUGCAACGUGAUUUGGGCUAUGUGGAGCAGGCGGGGCCGGUUGCCAAGACAACCGAUGCGAUGGGCAAUGGACACGUUGCAACGCAUAUCUAGAGCAUUAGUUCGCAAUUAGUAUUAAGUAUGUCGGAAAUAACAUUUAGGCGAAAAGACGAUUUUCAUUCUGAGAUUAAUUUUGGUGAGUGGGUUGUAAGUAAGUGGGGGAAGAACACGUAAUCCGGAUUAAGUAUCUAAAAUAGCCAUAAUUGGCACGUCUACUCCACAACUGAGCUCUGAUGAAAUACUACUCGGUGUGGACAUGCUCGAACAUGCGCGAACUUGCUUAUCUGUCAAUUAUCUAAUCGUUUUUAUUGCGUAGUCACAGCUAUGUACUUACGACUUUAUGGCCAAAAGACAACAGCGGCAGCAGCCGCUUCUGAUAACUAACAAAACGAAACAACAAAUUAUCAUUACUACUUGAUUUGGGUGUAUGCCAACAAACUUGAAAAAUGCAAAUCAGGAUCGUCAAUUACGAUCGAAAAAGCAUUAUGACGUUCUCGUGUUGCUGCUUAUCAACUUAUCGCUUAACACUUUCCCAUUCACAGCAAUAAAUAAAGCACGUUUGCUGACUCACUAAUCCGAAUUUACAAUCUCAAACACACGAGAGUUGAGUUAGAUAGAUUGCUGGCAAAUAUUUGCUAUUCAUAAUUUUAACAGUCGGAGUAUUCGAGUUGUUUGCCAAGAGUAUCUCUGGCAGUCGUUUGAUUAAAAUUUAGAGCACUACUAAAAAUAUAUAUGUAGGCGUGUGGGGAUGUGUUUAAUCUGCCUCGCCGCCUCGCUUCAUGGCUACUGAUAUGAUGCGUGAGCCAUGAAAACGUGAUUGAUGCGCACCCACAUCGAGUCCAAUGACAAUGACAAUGACGCUCCUCUAUUUUUCUAUACUAGUAUAUAUAUAUAUACGUAUAUAGAUUCAACCUGCAUCUGGCAAACGAAGUGCAUCAUUUGUUAUUCCAGGCGCAUUCCGCAUUAGACAAACUACGAGAACGAAUGCGAGCAGCGCAAAUAACAGCAUAUUCGAAAUAUAUUAAUUAUAUGAAUGAAAAUUGCUAAUAUUAUAUGAAAGAAGAUGAAAUACUCUAACAAUAAUAAAUACAAGAAGUA